AUGGCUUCAGUUGCCCCUGAACCUUCUCCUUCCCAAUUCAAUGAGAAAGAAGACGACGAUUGCCCGAUCGAGCAAGUGCGGAUGACGAUGCUGACGACCGACGACCCAUCGCAGCCGUGCUUGACGAUCCGAACGUGGUUCCUUGGUGCCGUCAGCUGCGUCCUCCUCUCCUUCGUCAACCAGUUCUUCAACUAUCGGACCAACCAGAUCUCCGUCAACUCCAUCUUUGUCCAGAUCCUGGCGCUGCCCGUGGGCCGCUGGAUGGCCCGCGUCCUCCCUCCGACUAUCAUCAGGAUUCCCCUCCUCGAUUGGUCCUUCUCCCUCAACCCCGGUCCCUUCAACAUGAAGGAGCACGUCCUCAGUAUCAUCAUUGCCAACUCCGGCACCGGCGGCAUUUACGCCGUCCACAUCAUCACCAUCCUCAAGGCCUUCUACCACCGCGGCAUCAACGUCAUGGCCGCCAUCCUCCUCACACAAACCACUCAAUUGUUAGGAUUUGGAUGGGCUGGAUUGUUCAGAAAAUACUUGGUGGAUUCCCCUUACAUGUGGUGGCCUGGCACUUUAGUAGUAGCAUCUUUGUUCAGAGCACUGAACGAGGAAGAACGGCGGGUAAAGGGCGGCGUGACGCGGCUCCAGUUCUUCCUCAUUUGCAUGAUCUGCAGCUUCUCCUACUACAUCGUCCCCAACUACUUCUUCCCGGCCAUCAGCUCCAUCUCGAUCCUCUGCCUCAUUUGGAAGGACUCCAUCCCCAUCCACCAGAUCGGCUCCGGCAUGCGCGGCCUCGGCGUCGGCGCCAUCGGCUUCGACUGGGCCACCGCCUCCAUGAUCGGCAGCCCCAUAGCGGCCCCCACCUAUGUGUUCUGCAACGUCCUCGCAGGCUACGUCAUCCUCGUCUACAUCCUCCUGCCCCUCUGCUACUGGUCCAACCUCUACGACGCCCGCCGCUUCACCUUCCUCUCCUCCCAACUCUUCGAGCGCUCCGGCAAGCCCUACGACCUCAGCCGCGUCCUCGACAACAAGACCUUCACCCUCAACGUCGAGGAGUACGAGAACUACAGCGACAUCCGCAUCAGCACCUCCUUCGCCAUCAACUACGGCAUCGGCUUCGCCACCCUCACCGCCACCCUCUGCCACGUCCUCCUCUUCGACGGCCAGUACAUGCUCAAGCUGUGGCGGCAGGCGACGUCCAAGGCCAACGAGAAGUUCCUCGACGUGCACGGCCGGAUGAUGAAGGCCAACUACGCCGCCGUGCCGCAGUGGUGGUUCCACCUCCUCCUCCUCCUCGUCACCGCGCUCUCCAUCUACACCGUCGAGGGCUUUGGCCGCGCCCUGCAGCUGCCUUACUGGGGCCUCCUCCUGGCCAUGGCCAUGGCCUUCUUCUUCACCCUGCCCAUCGGGAUCAUCGCCGCCACCACCAAUACGAUGCCUGGGAUCAACAUACUAACAGAGAUAGUGAUUGGCUACAUAAUGCCGGGGAAUCCAUUGGCGAGUGUGGUGUUCAAAACCUACGGUUGCACGAGUAUGGGUCAAGCCAUCAACUUUCUGUCCGAUUUCAAGCUCGGUCACUACAUGAAGAUUCCUCCUAGAUCCAUGUUCAUCGCACAGUUAGCGGGUUCGGUGAUCGCCAACGCGAGCUACUUCGGCACAGCAUGGUGGUUGCUCUCCGACGUCCCCCACAUUUGUGAGACCAACUUGCUGCCGAAGGGCUCCCCGUGGACGUGCCCUAGCGACACUGUGUUCUUCAGCUCCUCUGUUAUAUGGGGCGUGGUUGGGCCUCGUCGGAUGUUCGGCCCCGACUCCAUCUACUCUGGCCUUAACUACUUCUUCCUCCUUGGCCUCUUCGCCCCCGCCACCGUCUACCUCUUCCACCGUCUCUUCCUGGAGAAGAAAUGGAUUCGACUCAUCAACUUCCCCGUCAUCUUCGCGGCCGCCGGCUACAUUCCCCUAGUCAAGACCGUUAACUUCAACUGUUGGUUCAUUGUCGGCUUUGUCUUCAACUAUUGGGUGCUCAAGCACCACAAGCAGUGGUGGGGCCGCUACGCCUAUGUGCUGUCUGCCGCCCUCGACGCCGGCACAAGCUUCAUGGCCGUCAUCGCCUUCUUCACCCUCGGCAACUAUAAUAUCAACUCCGUCAAUUGGUGGGGAGGCGUCACUGAUGACUACUGCCAGCUCGCUAAAUGCCCUACUGAGCCCGGUGCCUACAUCCCCAAGGGUUGUCCUGAACUCCAAUGA